CGCGCCGUCACGUGAGUGCGGGGCGGCGGGACGGACCACGCGCCGCGCCGGGCGGGGGGGGGUGUCCCCAGGCUGUGUCAGCUGCUCCGUGAGCCGGCCCCGUCGCUCUCAGGGCGGGCUGCGAUGGCGGCGAGCCGUGCGCUGAGCGCCCUGCGCCUCCGGGCCGCCUCCUGCGCCCGCAGCAACUCCAACCGCGCCGCCAUCGGGCACCUGCAGCGGCAGCGCUACGGCCGCCGCUACCCGCUGCUGCUCGUCAGCACCGACGGCUCCACCGCCCGCCUGCGCUACGGCGAGCCCAAGAGGAUCCUCAUGAUGCCCCUGGACAGCAACACGCUGCCCGAAGCCGAGCGCAAGGCCCGUCUGCGCCGCCACUUCCCCAGCAAGCCUAAGGCCAAGGAGGAGGAAACCUUCGAGGGCAUCGACCUGGACACCUACAAGAAGUUCUGGAAGAAGUGAAGCGCUGAAACCAGCAGUGUUGAAAUGUAGAAAUAAACGUAGAAAUAAAAGUACCCGAGUA